AUGGAUGCGCAAAUCGUGUGUACGAGCGGCGACAUUGCCAUUGGCCACGUCAGUCGCCUUGUGACGCUGGCGAUGCUUGUCUUGGCAAGCAAAUUGGUUUGCUUUGUCGCCGCGAGGAUACUGGUGCGUCGUCGAGUCGCCAGCGAUGUACACAUCAAGUCCAUCUUUGUGUAUGCAGGCGCCAAGUACCUGUUUGAUUUGUCCAAGUGGAUGUCCUGCGACGUGUAUUACAUGGACCGCAUGUCGGCCGCCAUGAAUGGGAUUCUCACGUUGCAGCACCACGAAACCAUGCACGCGUUGGACAUCAAGUUGUGGCGCGUUUUCAGUGUCGACUUGUCCGACGAGGCGUCGAGUAUUCCCAACCACCACGUCCACGCGGCAGCGUAUCGACGGGCGUUGCCCCUGAUAUCCGACGAAUAA